UGAAUCUCAGAGUGUUAUGUGCUUUAUUUAUAGUUUUCUCGAUCUAUUAAACUCUUUCUGUCUUGCACGAUCGUUGGGCAUUUUUGAUCAGUAACAAACACACAACAUAAUAAGACUCUCUCUCUGCUGUAGAUGCAGGAUCAUCAUCAUGGUGCUCAACCUGUGCUUGCCACACUUCCACACCUCCGUUCAAUGCAACAAGCUGUGUGCCGACGGACACGACGUCUCGAACCUUCUCUCCGGAGACCCGAUCGCUCGCCGGCGCGGGUUCAAGCUCGAGUACUUCCUCCGUCCUCCCGUCCACGUGACGCUGAGCUUCCCGGUGUGUGUGGAUCUGUGUCGCCUCGACCUCGAGCUCUUUCCCUCGGGAACCGAUCCGGGCCGGAGCUCCUGUAGGAUCGAGAUCCUAGUCUGUUCGGACCGAGACGGCGUUCGUUUCCAGCUCGUGUCUCGGAGCGAUUUACAAGAGGAGCUCCGAGUGUGUUUCCUAAAUCCUGCGUUCAAACCGCGAGAUCCGUUUUCCGAUCUUCCUCCCGCGCCGGAAUCCGAAGCUAAAGCGCUAAAUCUCUGGAGUCGCGGAUCACUCGUAUCCGUCGCUCAUCUCAGAAUCAGCGUUCCCUUCAGCAAAGGGUGUGUGUUGGGAAUCAAAUCCCUUUCCGUUUGGGCGUCUCCUUCCCGAUCCUGUCCUGCUUUUGAACUUGGAAAAAUCCUGGAUGCACAUCUAAACAGCGUUAAACGCACAAACCAUACGAUUGCAGCUCCUCCCAAACCAACUGGGAAUAUCACAGACGACAUCCCAAUCCCAGAGGAAUUCCUAGAUCCGCUUACACAAGAACUCAUGGUUUUCCCGAUGAUCCUGCCUAGCGGAGUGAUCAUAGAUAACAGCACUUUAGAGGAGUAUUGGAAGAGAGAAGCGACGUGGGGUCGUCUUCCCAACGACCCGUUUACCGGCAUUCCUUUUUCCCAAAGCUCAAAACCUCUUCCGAAUCCUCUCUUAAAAACCCGUAUUGACCGCUUGGCUCUGCAGACGGGAUGCACAGGAGUCGGGAGCAGGAGUAAUCCACUAGCUAAACCACAACCGUCAAGACUUGCAGAGGUUAAAACCGCCACAGACUCCAGUAGAAACACAGAAACUUUAAGAUUUCAUGGAUCCGUUUCAGGAUCGACUAGCCGUUCUGCUAAAAGAAAGUACGACUCCAGCUUUCCCUCGACUAGCGCUGAUCCCGGUCGUCCUCCGACUCUCCAAACUCACUCAGAGUCGGACUCGCAUGAGCGGCGGUUAGCAGACAGUUUAGAUCAGGCGCUGAACGCUGCGCUUCACGGGUUACCAGUGUUCACUUCACCCAGCAGAACCUCUUCCCGUGUGGACGCUUCCACUGGACCGCACGCGUGUGUGUUUUGCUCGUGUUCGUUGUCGGUGUAUUCCUCCAGCGUCCCGUCGUACGCUCUGCCCUGCGCUCAUCUCACGUGUGGACCGUGUCUGCGGCAGAAACGCCCGUGCGACUCCCAGACGCUGGAGAUCACGUGUCCCACAUGUGGCACAUCUGCAUCCGGCGGCGACGUCACACGAGUGCAUCACUGAAACACACCGAGGAUUCAUCAUGAGAUCAUUCAAUCGCAGACUUUGUGUAUAAUUUUCAUUAAAAAUUGUUGAAAAAGAAAAGGAAUUUGU